AUGGGUUCAAUCAGCCUUUGGAUGUGCUUGGUCCUGACGAUUUGCACCUGGCAUAAAACCAUCGGAUGCACUUGGAUGAGGACACUGCCUCGGUCUCCGAGCAUGUUCCAAGUGUUCAGCAACAACACCAUAACGAUGCUUCAGAAAAUGGUAUGCUGUACGGUAAUGUUUAUUCACUUGUUCAUGGUCAUUGGGCUGUUGUCUUCUUUUCAACAUUUCAUGUGCUGCUAUGUUUCAUUUAUUUCCCUGACUCCUUUAUGUACAGUAAUAAUAAUACAAUAUUUUGUUUUUAUUUUUUGGCAUCUCAGGGUCAUGAAGUCUCUCGAGAAACUCAGAUCACUUUCCCUGACAAGCAAUACAGACAAGUCGAUAAUUUUAAGGUAAGAAAUAUGCAUAGCCUACACUCUUAAAAAAAUGUUUUGUUCUGUCCAUAACCUUUUUUUCUAAGAGGUUACAGUGAAUUCGGAAAGUCUUCAGACCCCUUCACUUUUUCCACAUUUUGUUACUUUACAGCCUUAUUCUAAAAUAUAUUAUAGUGUUUUUUGAACACAUCAAUCUACACACAAUACCCCAUAACGAUAAAGAAAAAACUGUUUAUUAUUUUUAAUACAUUUGCAAAAAUGUCUAAAAACAUGUUUUGGCUUUGAUAUUAUGGGGUAUUGUGUGUAGAUUAAUGAAACAAAUAAAUAUUUAAUCCAUUUUAGAAUAAGGCUGUAACGUAACAAAAUGUGGAAAUAGUGAAGGGGUCUGAAUACUUUCCGAAUGCAUUGUAUAUAAUUAGGUUAUAAUGAAUAUGCAAUUUGCUAUAAUUUUCUUAGAUUUGCCCUCAAUUCAUAAGGCAUGCACUAAUACAAAUCACUCUUCUUCUAGGCUGACGAACAGCUUGUCUUCAUUUCGCAAACUCUGAACGCUAUAAAGAAAUUGUACAGCAGUGGUAAAUAUGAGUCCACCGCCUGGGACCAGAAAGGAGUUGACAGGUUUAUGAAUGACCUGCAUCGCCAGACGUCGGAGCUGGACCAAUGCGUAUGUAAUUUGUGAUUUUCGCCUCUUAACAUUAAUGCAAAAAGAAAACAUUAUCCUAUCCUAUUCGAUUAUAAUAUGAGGUGGUUACAUGUUAAACAAAUCACAAUAUUAAAUUAAUUAUUUGUAUUUUCUUCCAACAGCUAAAGGCUAUGAAAACUAGACUAUCAAAAUCUGUCAAAAGAGUGAACAAAAAGAUGAGCCUUCACUUCAAGUUCCUUAACAAUUACUUGAAACGCGAGGUAGGUUGAUCCAUUUGUUUUACAAAGAGAGUACAUUCACCAAAUCUGGAUGUAUUUCUGUGAUGAUACAACGUGUGUCUAUUCUAAAAGCUUAACAAUUGUAUUUAAUGUAUGCAGAAACACAGCGCAAGCGGCUGGGAAGACAUAAGGACAGUUGUGCUGGCACACCUACGAAGACUAGACACAACAUUAAGUAGCCAAUGA